CUUGAAUUUGUCACCAACUAAAAUAUCAUAAAUCAUCCAGCAAAGUUUUGUUUUGUUUUGUUUUUUUCCUCUGUUGUUGAGAAAAUGUUUGCGCAUGUUUGGGAUUCCUCCACCAUCCAUAAACGUCACAAAAAAAACAACUUCUCACGCCCGCAAUUAAUGCGCCUCUAAUGGACGUAUUAGUUAAACCAACUUGCGGGGCAUCACGCUAAUUGCUCACUUUGUAUGCAAAUGUUGGACACGUUGUUUGGUCGAGAGGAGAGGAGGAGGAGGAGGGAUGAGAAGGAGGUGGAGGGGGGGUUGAUGAUGGGACGGCCUCUGUUGUCAGUUGCCACCCAAGACGUGAUUCAGCUCCAACAAUUACCAUUAUCUGUUUCCCAGUUUGACGAUACGAGACGAAUCUGUAAUGAUGACGAGUGUUUCCUUCGCUCAUUGUUGAAGCGCUGAAGAGUUUUUUUUUUCUUACUCCACACCUACCCAUCAUUGGGCGAGCGCACUCCAGCCAUUCAGGUACUCAGGCGGAGGAGGAGGCUUUAUAAAGCGGAGAGCAGCCUUGUGUUUGCAGCUUAUGGAGUGCUGUUUGUGUAAACACUGAACCCCAGCCGUGCACACAUUCCGGUUUCCGAGCUGGUGUUUGGACAGCGCGUAAAAGUGGAUUUUUUUUCUCUCCUCCUCUUCUGGAUAGAUUGAACGUUGAGAGUGUUUGUUUAUUUGUUUAUUUGUUUUGGGGGGUGAAACAUAAUCCGGAUUGCACGCACAGGACGCGAUGGCUGCCCCGACCAAGUUCAGUUUUUCCGUCAGGAGCAUCCUGGAUUUGCCCGAGCAGGAUGGGGAGGCAGCGCCGCUGCUGCGGUCCUCCCCGGCUUACUCCUCCUGCUCCUCCAGCUCGCCUUACACCUCCUGGAUGGAGUGCGACAGGAGCCCAUGCAUAUCUUCUGAUGAAGGGAGCAUCGAGGCCUCCCCCGACUCCACCAAGCCGGAUGACUCGUCCCUGGACUCGGAGCCCGACAAGGGCAAAAAGAGCAAGAAGCGCCGGGUGCUGUUCUCCAAGGCCCAGACCCUGGAGCUGGAGAGGCGCUUCCGUCAGCAGCGUUACUUGUCCGGCCCGGAGAGGGAGCAGCUCGCCCGCCUCCUCAGCCUGACCCCGACACAGGUGAAGAUCUGGUUCCAGAACCACCGCUAUAAGAUGAAGAGAGGCCGGGCUGAAGGAGGGAUGAUGCAGGAUGUGGAGAUAGCGCAGCCUCCGGUGCUGCGCCGGGUCGUUGUUCCGAUCUUAGUCCGGGAUGGGAAACCCUUUCACACCUGCUUACUUGACACCGAGAAGGUUGGCUGUUUACCUCCAUCUCCAGCGGUGCCUUUCCCCUUAGCCUACCCGUCUCUUCAGCAUCCGUCCCCCGUCUCUCUCCCACCAAGGUACCACCAGCACUUUCCCACCGCGGCGGCCUCCAGAUUCGCCUGGAGAGACUUUUGGAGUCCACUUUAAUUCCGUCUCUCUCUUUUUAAAGCGAAGGCCUCGUUUCAAUGCACGAACUCAUUUAGAAUUGCAUCAAAUGUUUUCUGAAUGUUUUAGCAACUUAAACAUUUAGAUUUCCACAGAACGAAAAAUAUUUUGCACAUUUUAUUUUCAUACUUUUUUGUUUUUGCGCGUGUUUGUGACUAUUUUUUAAAAAAAAUGCUGAUUAUAUUUUGGCCUUACAGGUGUAGCCUGUAGAUUUUUUUUUUUUUAAUUAUCCUCUGAGAUAUUGUAUUUGUAUUUGUGAAGUUACAUAAUAUUUGAAUGAAGAUGAAUAAUGUUCAGAGAUAGAAAGAGGUGUAGCAGCAAAAGCCACUA